GGGGGAGGGGGGAGCAGCCCCGUCGGGCGCGCGCACGCACGGGGCAAGGCGCGGCCCCGCGGCUGUGCGUGCGCGCUCCCUCCCCCCCCCGCCUUCCCCUCUCUCUCUCUCUCCCUCCCUCUCUCUCUCCUCUCCUCUCUCUCCUCCGCCGCGCUCGCUCGCUCCGUCCCCCCCUUUGUGAGGCGCUCGGAGCGGCCCGGACCCCGCCGACUCGCCAUGGCCGACGAGAAGCCCAAGGAAGGAGUGAAGACUGAAAACAAUGACCACAUUAAUCUGAAGGUGGCAGGGCAAGAUGGGUCUGUGGUGCAGUUUAAGAUUAAGAGGCAUACACCACUUAGUAAACUAAUGAAAGCCUAUUGUGAACGACAGGGGUUGUCAAUGAGGCAAAUCAGAUUCCGGUUCGAUGGGCAGCCAAUUAAUGAAACAGACACACCUGCACAGUUGGAAAUGGAGGAUGAAGAUACAAUUGAUGUGUUCCAGCAGCAAACAGGAGGAGUUUACUAAACAAAAACAAACAAA